ACAGAGCCUCUGCUCCGUGAUCGGUACUGCUUCUGCACCUCGCGCCCGGGCAGGUAAAUUAACAUGAUGGAUUUCUCCAAGCUACCCAAAAUACUUGAUGAAGAUAAAGAAAGCACAUUUGGUUAUGUGCAUGGGGUCUCAGGGCCUGUGGUUACAGCCUGUGACAUGGCAGGUGCAGCCAUGUAUGAGCUGGUGAGAGUGGGCCACAGUGAGUUGGUUGGAGAGAUUAUCCGACUGGAGGGUGACAUGGCUACUAUCCAGGUGUAUGAAGAAACCUCGGGUGUGUCUGUUGGAGAUCCUGUACUCCGCACUGGUAAACCCCUCUCAGUAGAGCUUGGACCUGGCAUCAUGGGAGCUAUUUUUGAUGGUAUUCAGAGACCUUUGUCAGAUAUCAGCAGUCAGACCCAAAGUAUCUACAUUCCCCGAGGAGUAAAUGUGUCUGCUCUUAGCAGAGAUGUCAAAUGGGAUUUUACACCUUGCAAAAACCUGCGGGUUGGUAGUCACAUCACUGGUGGAGAUAUUUAUGGAAUUGUCAAUGAGAACUCACUCAUCAAACACAAAAUCAUGUUACCCCCACGAAACAGAGGAACUGUAACUUACAUUGCUCCACCUGGAAAUUAUGAUACCUCAGAUGUUGUCUUGGAACUUGAAUUUGAAGGUAUAAAGGAAAAGUUUAGCAUGGUCCAAGUGUGGCCUGUACGUCAAGUUCGGCCUGUCACUGAGAAGCUGCCAGCUAAUCAUCCCUUGUUGACUGGCCAGAGGGUCCUUGAUGCCCUUUUUCCAUGUGUACAGGGAGGAACUACUGCAAUCCCGGGGGCUUUCGGCUGUGGAAAGACAGUGAUAUCGCAGUCUCUAUCCAAGUAUUCCAAUAGUGAUGUGAUCAUCUAUGUAGGAUGUGGUGAACGAGGAAAUGAGAUGUCUGAAGUCCUCCGGGACUUCCCAGAGCUCACAAUGGAAGUCGAUGGUAAGGUGGAAUCAAUUAUGAAGAGGACAGCUUUGGUAGCCAAUACCUCCAAUAUGCCUGUUGCUGCUAGAGAAGCUUCUAUUUAUACUGGAAUUACGCUGUCAGAAUAUUUCCGUGACAUGGGUUAUCACGUCAGUAUGAUGGCUGACUCUACCUCUAGAUGGGCGGAGGCCCUUAGAGAAAUCUCUGGUCGCUUAGCUGAAAUGCCUGCAGAUAGUGGAUAUCCUGCGUACCUUGGUGCCCGUCUGGCCUCUUUCUAUGAGCGAGCAGGCAGGGUGAAAUGUCUUGGAAAUCCUGAAAGAGAAGGAAGUGUCAGCAUUGUAGGAGCGGUUUCUCCACCUGGUGGUGAUUUUUCUGAUCCAGUUACAUCCGCUACUCUUGGUAUUGUUCAGGUGUUUUGGGGCUUAGAUAAGAAACUAGCUCAACGUAAGCAUUUCCCCUCUGUCAACUGGUUAAUCAGCUAUAGCAAGUACAUGCGUGCGUUGGACGAGUACUAUGACAAACACUUCACAGAAUUUGUUCCUCUGAGGACCAAAGCUAAGGAGAUUCUGCAGGAAGAAGAAGACCUGGCAGAAAUUGUACAACUUGUUGGAAAGGCUUCUCUAGCAGAAACAGAUAAAAUCACUCUGGAAGUAGCAAAACUUAUCAAAGAUGAUUUCUUACAACAAAAUGGGUAUACUCCUUAUGACAGGUUCUGCCCAUUCUACAAGACAGUAGGGAUGCUGUCCAACAUGAUUGCGUUUUAUGAUAUGGCCCGUAGAGCUGUUGAAACCACUGCACAGAGUGACAAUAAAAUCACAUGGUCCAUUAUCCGUGAGCACAUGGGGGAGAUCCUCUAUAAACUUUCCUCCAUGAAAUUCAAGGACCCGGUAAAAGACGGUGAAGCAAAGAUCAAGGCUGACUACGCACAACUUCUUGAAGACAUGCAGAACGCAUUCCGUAGCCUCGAAGAUUAGAACUGUGAUUUCUUUCCUUCUUUUCCUCAGCAGUCU